AGAGUUGAAGAUCGGGUCAGUUCCCGUUCAACAUGUGAGUGUAAGACAUCAUAUGACCACAGGGCUAUCUCUUGUGACACCAUUGCUGCUGGGGUCCAUUUUUUCCCACCAUAGAUGCUCAGCCAGAGGAGCUGUGCAGCCUUCCCGAGACUCAGGAGGGGGCAUCAUGUGUGGGAAGAGCACGACAUCAAGGACUCUGGCAAGGGAAACCUUACUCUCCUCUUCUGAGCCUACGACAAGUUGGCGUUUAUAAACCUGGAUCCUUAGCCCAGGAGACCAGUGUGUCUGUUUCUACAACCUUAUUAUAAAUGGGUUUCCUAAAAGAGUUGGCAAAUGCUGCCUGCAAAAUCUUCAGAAAAAACUGAUCUUGGCACUUCUAGCACCUGAAAGGAGAGUAAGGCACAUAGCAGUCAGAUGAACAUUAUCUGUGAGCAACAAUGGUUUUCCUCCCUGGAAACUCCUCUAACUGUUCAAAUUGCACCCAUGCUGUGGGCACAGUGAGCAUUUCUAAAGCGAUAUUAUUAGGGGUUAUUUUGGGAGGGCUGAUUAUUUUUGGUGUCUUGGGUAAUAUUCUAGUUAUAUUAUCAGUAGCCUGUCAUAGACACCUUCAGAGUGUAACUCAUUACUAUAUAAUUAACCUGGCUGUGGCUGACCUUCUCUUGACUUCCACUGUCCUGCCCUUUUCAGCUACCUUUGAGAUUUUGGGUUACUGGGUCUUUGGGAGGAUCUUUUGCAACAUCUGGGCAGCUGUUGAUGUCUUAUGUUGCACUGCUUCCAUCAUGAGUCUGUGUAUCAUCUCUAUAGACAGAUACAUUGGGGUGAGUUACCCACUGAGAUAUCCAAGUAUAAUGACAGAAAAGAGGGGACUCAUGGCUUUGUUGUGCAUUUGGGCUUUGUCUGUUGUGAUAUCCAUUGGACCUCUCUUUGGCUGGAAGCAACCAGCUCCAGAAGAUGAGACCAUCUGUCAAAUCACUGAAGAGCCUGGCUAUGUGCUGUUCUCUGCUCUUGGCUCCUUCUACCUCCCACUGACCAUCAUCUUGGUGAUGUAUUGUCGAGUAUACGUGGUGGCCAAAAGGGAAAGCAAAGGCCUGACUUCUGGCUUGAAGACUGAAAAGUCUCAUUCUGAAGAAGUGACUCUCCGAAUACAUCGCAGAAACACCCCAGAAGUGAGUGGAACCCCAUCCUGUUCCAAGAUGAAACACCACUUCUCUGUGCGUCUCCUUAAGUUCUCCAGGGAAAAGAAAGCAGCCAAGACGCUGGGGAUAGUGGUGGGAUGCUUCGUACUGUGCUGGCUUCCUUUCUUUCUAGUCAUGCCUAUUGGUAAGUGA